AUGAAGAACCUACAAGGGAUGGUGUGGGAGAUUGGUGGGGCGUUUGCGUUUGUGGGAGUGCGCAAGAAACCCUCGGGAGGGAUGGAGAAGGAAGGCUUGGAUGAAUGUGUUUGGGUUUCAUUUCACAACGAAUUUUACGACAUCUACGAUCUACGACAUCUACGAAGAGCGGCAAACGCGAAUCAUCAGAGAAGGGGCUGGCAGCGGAGGCGAAGAUCACAAAACAACAUCAGCGUCACAGCAACACCGAGCAGCAAGACAGAGCGAGCGGAGGCGCAUGCAGCACCACAAACGAAGAUCACAAACCAGCCUCAUCACCGAAACACGAAGGCACAACACCCGCGCAAAUGCAUGCCGCACUCACCAGAGACAACGCCGAUCGUCAAGAAAGCCAGCUCGCCAGCACAGCUCAGAUCACAGCCCAGACUCCACGGCCGCAAGAUCACCACCGCCCCUCGACCACAAAACACCGUCGUCGUAGAUCGAACAUACGCUUCGGCAGAUGCAAACCAGCGCAGCAGACACCAACCACACAACUCAUCAACUCCCGCAACCUUCACGACAUCAGCGACCGGCGACUGCCUUUGGGCUCAACAAGAAAACACAUCAAAGAGCCGCACGCCAUCUCUUGCGCCGCCUGCCGAAAGAGCUGUCCCGAGUUGA